AGCAAACUGGACCAAAUGUCUGGAUCGAGGCGACGCCGUACCGCUAUGGAAUACUACGAGUACAUAAUGCCCGGAAUUUAUGACUAUCCGGUGAUCCAAUGUGAUGCCAGUGAAAUCCGUUCCUAUAGUAUUGACCCCAUACUGACCAGUGCUUCAUCAACUUGGUCAAUUCCAAAUGGAAAUGCCUCCUAUGUAGCUGGACCAAUGGGUGUGAUCAACUACCUAUCGGAUAUGCAAACGCACUUGGCUCUGCCAACUAGGCAAAAUCUGGAAACUGGUCUUAUUUGUCCAACCAUUGAUUCCAACUCGUGUUUCCAUGAGCCACAUCGAGAAUAUGUUCAAAUGGAGAAUGAGCACACCGAUGACGACGAGGGAUACGUCUAUGAGAUUCCAGAGAUUGUUCUCUGCUUAAGCCGUUCAAAUUCAGAGUCGGGCGCAGCUGAGGAAUCUGGUGAUUCCCAGCGUUCGUCAAAGAGUUAUUCAUCGGUGGAGAUCAGCGAGCAGUCAAGAUCGGGGGAAUACGUUAAAUUAGAAUCGGUUCCAAGGAGGCGAAGAAAAGUCUCGCAGAAGCGCAAGUAUACCGCCGAGCAGGGUUACCUGGUUGAGGAACCCACCAGCGAACCAUCUGAGGAGGAUGCCGAGGAACUGCCACCAAAAUCCAGAAAAUAGAUAUACAGUUCAGCAUUUACGUUUGACUAUAGACAGAUUUCCAGAAACGUUACCUUAUUUGAUUUUUCGUUGGAAUUUGUAGUGAUCAAAAUAUAUAUAUUUUAUAAAUAUUUAUUUGGUGAACUUA